AUGUCAAUAUAUGUUUCAAAUAUAGUAUAUAAGGAUAGUUAAAGUGUCAAUAUUUUAAAUUCUGUUAGCAAAACUAAAACAGUUAAAAUCUUGUUAAUUUAAUAAUUUUAUAAAUAUUAUUAGAAAAGUUAAGUAAAGAUUAUUUUGCAGACUUGUUACUGCAUUAAUAUUAUAUCACAAGUAAAACAUUUAUGUCAGUUUUAAUCNUAUAUAUAUAUUAUAUAGAAAACUUUCACAUUUUUACCAGAACCAGUUGUCCUUUUAUUUUCAGGAGGUAUUGCUGGUGCAGCAUCAGUGAUGUGUAAUACUCCUGUUGAUGUUAUUAAAACAUAAAUGUAAGGCCUUAGAGCACACUAAUAUAAUGGUGUAUUGGAUUGUUGUAAAUAAACUUAUCUAUAAGAAGGAGUUAGAGGAUUCUACAAAGGUAAAUUAUAUAUAUCUAUGUUUUAGGAACUGUACCAAGAUUGGGAAGAGUUGUUUUGGAUGUUGCUAUUACAUUUACACUUUAUGAUUACAUUGGAAGAGUUCUUAAUUUGGUUUGGCCACCAAAACAUUGAU